GAAAUGGCUGCAAUGGUGAAACUCAGAAUCAUUUUCUCCGAAAAUGAUUCCCGGAGAUUGAUCCUUCCAAAUGGGAUGCCAGAGUCUGUCAGUGAGCUAGUUCAGCAGAUAAAGGGACAGUGUGGAGUUAAUGGGGACUUCAGGCUUCAGUUCAUGGAUGCAGAAUUUGGGAAUGAAUUCACCAACUUGGAGUCAAUGUCGGACAUCCAGGACAAAAGUACCAUCAAGGUCAUCUUUAGCUCAGUUGCACCUGUCGAGCCUGGUGAGCCACUGCUCCCUCUUUACUCAUCUGCUGCCACUUCCCGCACUCUAGAUGACUCCUCAUCCCUUUCAUCUCCUGGGAACUCAUUUGAUACAGACAUAUUGUCUUCUCCUGAAUCUACGUCCUCAAGAGCCACUGCAUGGCCCGAUGUCUUCCCCAUUCCCCGGUUCUCUUAUGAUACUCAACUACAGCUGGACAGGGCCAAUGCUACUUUCAAAGAAUCUGGAGCUUUGUUGAAUCCUGAUCAUAAAAUUAAGUCUGCCAUUCUUGAUGGUUUAGCUGAAACAAUUGUUCAGUACAAGGUCUACCUCUCUGACAGGGAGUUUGAUGAGGUCGCAGAAGCUCUUGUAACAACCCAUCCAUGUUUGAAAGAGCCUGGUUCAGUCACUGGAUAUGGUGGAUGGAAAACAAGCUUGAAGUAUAAACUUGCUAACUACCGAACUAAGCUUAGACGGCUUGGAUGCCCUGAAGUUACUGUGAAUUCCUUAAAACAUAAACCUGAUGGCAAAUGUACUCCUGCGUAUGGCGUGAAGAAGCCAAAAAAAGCUGAAGUGAAUUACUGCCCCACUUAUCCAGCUGGUGAAACUGCAGAGACACUAGAAGAAAUCAGAGUGGACCUCCUGUCAGAAGUUAAGAAAAAAAACAAUGACCACAGGGUGGCUGCAAUGAUGGAGAAGACCUUUGCUCUCAGAAGGCAAGAGGUAGUACGUGAAGCACCGAUGAUCGCUGAAUUCAAAAUGAGGUGGCCAGCUCUCUUCCAUGUGUGUGAGGUGAGUGCAGAAUUCAAGAGGAUUACAACCAUCCAUUUGCAGUCCAAGUUCUUCUCCCAGCUGGAUAGUUAUUCGGCAAACCUUAUGAAGAUAUAUGCCAAGAAGGGUGGAGUACAAGGGCGAAAAAUUAAGACCAUCAUGGCACCUGCAACCCAGACUGCUGCUGUUGAAGUCAGAAGAGAAUGCAUCCUCAAAGGUCUUUGCGUGUACCUGAAUGAAGAUCCAGAGAAGCUGGUGAAGGAUUACCUGGACGUUGAUAAAAGCAUCGCCACUGCCAUAGCAGAGACCGUCUUUGGAAUCUGUGUCAUUCGAUCAGAGGGUGCGGAGCCUGGCGAUGACCCUCAGGAUGUUAUGAUUGUUCUAGAGGGGGUGGAAGUGAUGGGUGAGUUGGGCAAUGUAGCUUUUGCAGUGGCAAUGUUGCUUGGGCUGGUCUACUCACUAAACCUGAGCUACCCUCCGGAACUCAGGUACACCUUUGAGGUUCUGCAGAAGAUUCUUAUGGAGUUGGAUGCACACAAACUAUCCAACAAAGUACAGGUUCUCAAAACUCUUCUUUCUCGUUGAGAAAUGUUGCCAAUACAACAGCUAUACCAUGUAUUUGGAACAUGAACCAGAAAGAACUGCAGACAGAUGAUACCAUGCAUUUUUUAUUCAUUUUGAGAUACACAAAAUUGGUGAUGUUUGUUUUUUUGAAAGUGCAUCUCUAUGACCUUCAAAAUCACUUGAUUCAGCUGUUCAUUUUGGUUAAAAAUGGUUUGAACAGGUUAAGUUUCCACCAUGUCCACUACUUUUUUU